AUGUCCAACCAAAACUCCCCUAUUCUACGUGUUGGCAUCAUUGGCGCAGGAUUAGUCGCGCAAGUGAUCCACCUCCCAACUUUGGCAUUGCUCGCCCAUCUUUACACAGUAAUUUCUAUAUGUGAUAUCUCCCAGCAAACUACCGAUCAUGUCGCAACCAAAUUCCGUAUCCCGCACAAAAGUACCAAUGCAUCCGAACUCAUCAAUCACCCCGAUGUUGACGUGGUAUUCAUCCUCGCCGCAGACGAGUUCCACGAAAGCCUCUGUAUAUCAGCACUCGAAGCCGGCAAGAAGGUCUUCAUCGAGAAACCAAUAUCUCUCUCCAUACCAUCCACGAAGAGAAUUAUCGCUGCAGAGAAAGCGGCAGGAGGAGGGCAGGUCUUCGUUGGAUACAUGAGACGUUACGCGCCGUCUUUCACAGCAGCGUUCCUACGCGAGGUUGCCACUAUCCCGAAGAUACUAUAUGCUAGGUCGAGGGAUAUCAUUGGACCAAAUGAACAUUUUAUAAACCAGUCUGGGACUUCUCCUCAGAAGUUUGUCGAUUUCCCGCCAGGAUCUGGGCAAGAGCAGAAGCGGAAUCAAGAUAGAUUGGUUGGAGAGGCAUUUCCGGACACCAGUCCCACGGAACGAGAUGUCAAGUACUGCCGCUUUCUUGGAAGUUUAGGUUCCCAUGACCUUUCUCUGAUGCGAGAGGCCCUUGGAUUUCCUGAGUCUGUAGCCGGCGUCACUGCAAACGAGCCUUUCUACACUGCAAUGUUCAACUACAGAAACACGAAUGGUGACCCUUUUUCAGUCACUUAUGAAAGUGGCAUCGACAGUGUCCCGAGGUUCGACGCAAGCUUGACCGUAUAUGGGGAGACGAAGACUGUGAGUAUUGUGUAUGAUACACCGUUCGUCAAGGGGUUGCCCAUCAAAGUCAAAGUUGAUGAACUGAAUGAGCAUGGCGACGCUGUGUCAAGGGAAGUGUUGUCGUCUUUUGAGGAUGCCCAUACAGUUGAGUUGAAAGAGAUGUACAUGUGCUUUACUUUGGGGGAGACUAUCAAAACUUCAGUUGAAGAUGCUUGUUGGGAUUUGGAGCUGUUUGAUCUCAUGUUCAAGCAAUUGGCAAAGCAGGAGGGGAGGUAA